AUGUUUCCUUUUUAUGAAAAAUUCUGUACAGAUAAACCAACGUCGCCUACUAAAAAUUUGGGAUUUCCAAGCUUUUCAAAAGAAAUCAAACGUCAGUUUGACGAGUUCGCUAAAAAUAAAGUUGGCUCAAAGCACCCGGAUCUUAUCGCCUACCUCAAAACUUUAAUCCGAGCACCAAAUGAUAACAAACUGAAAAAGUGGAAUUUUAUGAUAAAAACUCCGCAAGCUGAAGAAAUAGAUAACAUUUUAAAAAAAAGAAAUGGAUUUUUUGUCGAAGCAGGAGGUUUUGAUGGCGAGACAGCAUCCAACACGUUGUUUCUCGAGGUGGAACGAAAUUGGACUGGAUUGCUCAUUGAACCUGAUCCUUACUUUUACACCCAACUGGGUCUCAUCCACGCAGAAUUGCCAGAACUGCUCUAG